AUGUAUUUUAAUACAACAUCAUAUAAUAAAUUUUAUUGUAAAUUAAUACAUUUUAAUGCAUCGCAGUCGUUAUUCACUUACAAUACAGGCGUGCAAAAAUCGACUAAGUUUUCACCGUAUGAAUUUUUAUAUGAUCGCGCUGCUCGCUUACCAAUUUAUACACAACCUACACAAUUUACAUUUAAUAAACCUAUUGAUUAUUUUGAGCAAUUAAAAAAGACAUUACGUAUAUUUCAUCAAGCAUCUAGAGAUAAUAUUUUACUUCAACAACAAGCCACAAAUAUCUAUUAUAACCGACAUCGACUUAAUUCUCAAUUAAAAUUAGGAGAUAAAGUUCUAACUCGUGUUUAUGGAUCCAAAGGAAAAUUAGAUCCCAAAUUUUCAUCUAUACCUAAAAUUAUCGUCGAAGGUUAUCAUCCAAUAUACGUAGUAGAAGAUGAAUGUUGA